UCUUGUCAUCUUUACCAUUUUCAAGAUCUCGUCUUUUCGAAUUUGAGAUUCCGGUUCCUGGACAGAAUCGGAAAGCUUUUCUGGGUUCUUUUUGUUGAUGAUAACUAGAAUUUGUGAAGAAAAGUAGGUGGUUGAUCUGCGGCAUCCCAGUUCCAUUUCUGCAAUCGGCAUUCCCGAGUUGUGUUCAAUUGGCUAAAUCGAGAUGUGAAUCGGGAUGGCUUGAAACAAGCAAUUGCGGUGAAGUAUGGGAAACUAUGUACGGAUGCAUUGGAACUUGUUAGAAGCUUGUGCCUUAUGAAGAAAAGCGGAUGACAGGUGUUUGUUAGGCAAUAGUUCGUCUUUGAGGCAGCUGGUACACGGGAUAAAGAACAAUUUUUUGAUAUGAGAAGUUCCUGGUAUAAGAGUCUUCCCCUUGUUCUCGGUCCUAGACCACGGAUUAGCUGGUUGCUGCUAGUUGUUAUCGGUGUUGUUGCUCUAGUUACCAUUUUAGGAACAUCUUCAUCCAGUUCAUAUGAUUCUGCAACUUCAAAACGGCUACCCAACUUUCAUAGAAACUACAGAAGGAUAAAAGAGCAAGCAGCAGUUGAUUAUCUGGAUCUAAGGUCUCUCUCUUUCGGGGCUAGCCGGCUGAAAGAGUUUCCUCUGUGUGGUAAAGAAAAGGAAAACUAUGUGCCUUGUUAUAAUGUAUCAGCCAAUAUGCUUGCUGGGCUUAAAGAUGGUGAAGAGUUUGAUCGGCACUGUGAGCUUGCCAGAGAAGAGGAAAGAUGUGUAGUUCGUCCCCCAAAGGACUAUAAAAUACCCCUUAGAUGGCCACUCGGUAGAGAUAUUAUAUGGAGUGGAAAUGUGAAGAUAACCAAAGAUCAGUUUCUUUCAUCAGGAACUAUGACAAAAAGGCUAAUGCUGCUUGAAGAGAAUCAAAUAGCGUUUCACUCUGAGGAUGGUUUGAUCUUUGAUGGUGUAAAAGACUAUGCUCGUCAAGUUGCAGAGAUGAUAGGCUUGGGAAGCGACACUGAAUUUCUCGAAGCAGGCGUACGGACUGUGCUUGACAUUGGUUGCGGCUUUGGUAGCUUUGGAGCACAUCUUGUGUCUUUGAAGCUGAUGCCUAUCUGUAUUGCAGAGUAUGAGGCUACUGGCAGCCAAGUCCAGUUAGCUCUAGAAAGAGGGCUUCCAGCCAUGAUUGGCAAUUUCAUUUCAAAACAGCUUCCAUAUCCAGAUUUGUCAUUUGACAUGGUCCAUUGUGCUCAAUGUGGCAUUAUUUGGGAUAUAAAAGAUGCAAUGCUACUCUUAGAAGUGGAUCGUCUUCUCAAGCCAGGUGGAUACUUUGUUUUAACUUCUCUUACGAGCCAAUCACAGGGAAAUUUACCAAGUACUAAGAAACCAAGCAUCUCAACACGGGUUGAAGAGUUCUCUAAGAAUAUCUGCUGGAGUCUCACAGCUCAGCAGGAUGAAACUUUUCUUUGGCAGAAAACUGCAGAUUCAAAUUGCUAUUCUUCUCGCUCACCAGCUUCUAUACCUCUUUGCAAAGAUGAAGAUCAUGCUUCAUAUUAUCGGCCCCUAGUUUCAUGUAUAAGUGGAGCCACAAGCAACCGUUGGAUUCCUAUUCAGAAUAGAUCCGCUUCUUCAGGAACAAGCUCAGCAGAGCUCGAAGUUCAUGGUAUAAAACCUGAAGAAUUCUACGAGGACAUGCAAGUAUGGAGACUAGCCCUGAAAAACUAUUGGUCUUUACUUACACCUUUAAUUUUCUCGGACCACCCGAAGAGACCAGGAGAUGAGGAUCCACUUCCGCCUUUCAACAUGGUACGCAAUGUGAUGGACAUGAAUGCGCGUUAUGGGAAUUUGAAUUCGGCCCUUGUGGAGGAAGGAAAAUCUGCAUGGGUGAUGAACGUGAUCCCAGUAAAUGCCCGUAAUACUCUUCCUAUAAUUAUUGAUCGUGGUUUUGCCGGUGUUCUUCAUGACUGGUGUGAACCAUUCCCCACGUAUCCCCGAACAUACGAUAUGCUUCAUGCCAAUGAACUCCUCACCCAUCUGAGUUCAGAAAGGUGCAGCAUGAUGGAUUUGUUCUUGGAGAUGGACCGGAUUCUCCGCCCUGAGGGAUGGGUUGUUAUGAGCGACAAGGUGGGAGUAAUAGAGAUGGGGAGGGAACUUGCUACUCGAGUGCGGUGGGAAGCACGGGUCAUCGACCUUCAGGGCGGCAAUGACCAGCGGCUUCUUGUUUGUCAGAAGCCCUUCCUGAAAAAGUGACAAGUAGCAGUCUUCUCAAACGGAAUGGAUUGCAGCCUGUGAUUUCUGGAGUUUUUCUCAGUUGGCUCCUCAGAAGAAGAAGAAGAAUGAAAAGGUGGUGGAGUGGAGGCUGUAGAAAUGGAGAUUGAGGUUGGCGUAGAAGAAGAAAGUGUAGAGAUUCACGAUUCUUUUUUGGUCGGAAAGAAAGUGUGUAGGCUAUAUAUUAUUAUUUUCAUUCAUCCAUUUUCCACUUCUCACUCGAAACUCCCUCCUAUGAAUCGAGCUGGAUUGGAUGUUUUUUUGUGGAGGAAUUGUAAUACCACGAGUUUAUUCAUCUCUUUCGUGCUUC